UAGAUACACACUUUUCGUCAUAAGAUGCUAUUAAUUGUGGUUUUCAAAUUUCUACUUCAGUUGGAGGAAAUAUAACUUAUUUAUGUGGCCCAAAAACUGUUUUAGGAGGAUUCUAAAUAUGUGGAAACAGUUGUAUUAUAUCAUUAAAUGUUAAAUCAAAUAAACCUGUAUAUAAAUAUUCAAUUAGCUUUUAAUAUAUAAUGAUUGAUGCUUGGAAUUUCGAUAUGUGAAUUUUUAUAUUUUAAAAUAAAUGGAUCUCUUGCUGCAAAAUUAUAAAAAGUUUUUACUUUUUAAAUAUUAUGCGCAAGAAAACAUUUAAAAGAAAAAUACUAAUAAGCUGAUUUCGAUUUUUAAACUAAUGAUACUCUACUUGAUAUUACGAUUACUAAUGAAAUAUUUAUAAAUAAUGACGCUUUUUUAAAAUCGUUUGGAAUUACGGAAUUUGAAAUUUAUGCUUUUGAGUGUAUGCCUUAAUGUGCUAAAUGUAAUAACGAUACUUCUUGUAGUUCUUGUUUUGAUGGCUAGUAUUUAAAUAUAGAUAAUUGUUAAAAUUGUGGUAUUGCGUAAUGCUAAAAAUGUACAGAUGGAAUUUCUUGUGAUUUAUGUGAAAUUGGAUAUUUUUAUAAUGAUUCUUAAUGUAUUUCUUCAUGUCCAAAAAAAAAAUAUGCAGAUGCUUCAACAAGAACUUGUUAGGAUUGUAAUAGUAAAUGUGCAACUUGUUCUAAUGCAACUGAUUGUGACACUUGCUUUAAGAAUAGGGUUGGAACUACUUGUGAAUGCCCUGCUUAUAGCUAUGAUAAUUUGAAUUACACAUAAGCUUGUAUCGAAUGCUCUACUAUAACUAUUGGAUGCUCUACUUGUAAUGCUACUACAUGCUAAGCAUGUUUAUCGCCGCAUUUUUUAGAUGGAAAUUCAUGUGUAAUAGCCUGUCCUGCAGGUAAAUGGGGCCAAAUACGGCAAACAAAUAAUGUACAGCUUGCUUAUUUAAAUGUGCAACUGCUCUAAUGCACCGAUUGCGAUACAUGUUUUGGGAAUAGGCUUCCUUAAUAAUGUGAUUGUCCUUAAUAUUCUUAUGAUCCUAAUAUUUUCAAUUAAACCUGUACUAUAUGUUCUACUUUUUCAGCUGGAUGUGUUACAUGCAGUUCAACGGAAUGUCUUACAUGCCAAACUCCUUAAUAUUUUUAAUUAAACUAAAAUAAAUAAUGCGAUUCAUGCUUAAAUAUAAUGACUAAUAUGCAUUUUAGUUUUGAUUUUUUAGAUUUAAUUAUAGAUUUUGACUAUUAUUAUACUAAUUUGUAAAUUGAUCUUAAUAUCUCUAAUUUAGAUUUCUAAAGUUAUUCUUCUUAAUUAUAAUUUACAAAUUAACUUUGUAUAGAAACAUUGGACUAAAAUUUUAUUACUUCUAAAUUGUAAGGAAAUAUUUUAUGUUCUUUUGAUAGAUAUUUAAAAACACUUACACUUAAGCUUGAUACUGUAAGCACUAUUAAUAAGGAUGAUAUAAUAAAAAUAAAACCUGGUGUAUUUAAACUAACAAAUAAUGGAUUUGCUUGUACUGAUUUUCUUUAAUAAAUAACUGGAAAAGUAAGUUUAGACACAAAUCUAGUUAUAAAAUUAACUUAAACAAGUCCUAUUUCCAUAUGUUAAUAAGCAUAAAUAAUAAUAUAAUGUAUUUCUAAUUGUGGUAAUAAAUAAUUAAAAUAAAUUACUUGGUCUCUCAUUUCUUCUAAUGUAAAUACGGUAAAUGAAAUAAAUUUAAUAAAUAUGUAAAUUUAAUAACAAAAUAACUAAUACUUUUUAUAAAUACAGCCUUUAUAAUUGAAAAAAUAAGGAUAAUACUAAUUCUAAGUUGAUGUAGUUUCCUAGUUUAACUAAGCAGCAACUGCAAAUACAAUAAUAUAAACUUCUUGUAGGACACAUCGAUAGACAUAAGAGUAAAAACAAAUCCAAUCUAAAUUUAUAGAAGUAAUUUAGUUAAAGUAAAUGUUUAUUUUAAUCUCUUAUAAUGCGAAAACGAUGGAAAAAUAUCUUAUCAAUAAGCAGAUGUAUAUUAAAUAUAAAUAAAAUAAAAUGACAAUUUAACUGAAUUAUUAAAUAUUAAUUCCAUAUAAUAUGUUUAAGGAACUUAAUUUUAAUUUUAAAUUUAACCUUUAUAUUAUGAAA